AUGGCGCGUAAAACAUCCCCCGCAUCGUUAACCCUCAUCGCACUCCUCGUCACAGCGUACUUAGUGUCAAAAAGCGAGGCUUUUUGCUAUUUUCUUCCCACCGACGACUUUUGCAACAAAGUCAAGGCAGGCGCACUAGCAGCAGCAAAAGCCGCCGAAGCCAAAGCCGCUGCAGCAGCCAACGCCACCGAAGCAGCCGCCAAGAGACUCACCGCGAAUCUCAACACAUCCGUUUCCUCUUUCGACGCAUACAUCACGAAGCAAGUUGCAAACCUCGAAAAGAGCAUCAACAGCAGCACAUCCGCUACCACGGCGGCCAUUCAAGACCACGUAUCCUCGUUUGAAGCCAGCCUCGCUGAUUUCUCCAAGUGGCUCGAUAGCAUCAACUUCACAUCGUCUGCGACAACAGGCCAUGCGCGUUCAGAGAAGGCAGCAGCAGCGGCGCCGUCGGCGCUAACCUCGCAGCUUUGGAUGCUAAAAUCCAGCGUUUCGGGUUUGCAGUCGAGUAUCAGCGCUUUAAAUAGGGAUCUGAGACUGACAGCGGGUAUAGGCAACUUGCAAGGUCGACGCGCGGGGCCUUCUGCCCGCGAAACAGUUCGGACAAGCGCAGGAGCUGGCGUGCGCGCCGAGUUGGUGAGGCAGCUGUUGUUGCGGCAAAUGGCGGUUGUGACGCGGAGGGCAGCAGAGGUCAAUGCCGCCGCCGUUGUGUUUGCUGAGAAAGUUAACAGCCCGAGUCUUCAGAGGGCGCCCUAA